GCCUGUGAUAUCCACUAUCCAACCUACACCAUCACACAUUCUUUGUGUCAGGAUUCGAACAUCAACCAGUCAGCCAUCUUGUAUACCUGGGAGGUUGCUAUGCCCGCUAAUGACCAAUUAGGAUCCAAACCUCCUUUUGUCAUGGUAACUGAUGCCACACUAUUUACAAGUGUCAAUAAGAUCGUGCUUGACAGCAUUUACUUUCGUCCAACAUUUCGAGUCAGGUGUAUUGCACAACCUCGACAUGCCAACGGAAAUCCAGGAAUUUCUUCCAAGAGUGAAGCGGUAACCAUCAGCCAUGAGGAGGGGAUUUGUAAGGCCCCUGUGUUCCAUGGUUCUCCUCACAACAGUUAUGGUGCCCAGUCUUUCUUGGCCAAUCUGGACUACGUAGGUCCCGAGGACCCAAACCAUCCCAAUACUAUCCACAUCUCCAUCCAGAUUCCACACCAGGAUGGCCACCUCCCACUCAUAUCCACCUUCCCGCUCCACAACCUGCGCUAUCUUUUAGCCGAGCCUGUGUACCGACAGCAACAUCUGUGUUCAAACCUCAUCACACCAGAGGAGCGACAGGGGAUUGUUGACUCCGGAUUCCUAGACAACCCACAAGCUUUCCCACCAGUUUAUAACUUUCCAUACCAGUUUGACUCGCAGCUGAGAGAAAACCGCACUAUCAGUCUAUACAAACAUCUAAACCUCAAGUCCUGUGUAUGGUCGUUCAGUGCGUGGUAUCACAUGACUGACUUAGUAGACAUCUGCGGCGGUAAAGUUAUCUCUGAUUUCCAGGUGAAGGGUGUCGGCCAGACCUACCUGACUGUGUCGGUGCCUCUGUAUGUGUACUACGUCUACGUGACUGCGCCCGUGGGGUGGGGCUCCCUUCAGCACCAUACAGACAUGUCCUUCUCCUUCUACUACGACAACAUUCUGUGGCAGGCAGGGCUGGAGG